AUGGACGACGACGUAGAAGAGCUCAAUCAGCAAUACCUAAUGCACCAAGAGGACAUCACCCAGAUCUUGGCGUACCUCUCGCUUCCUCCCGCCUCCUCCCUCCCACAAACCCCCCUCGCCUUCCUCUCGGCUCAUAUCAACGCUCUACCUCCACCCCUCCUACGCCCCUUCUCAUCCGUCACUACCCCUCGCCAACGAUCUUCGAUCCGUCAGAUCAAGGCCCGGAGGCUCGUAUACGCCUCAUCCAUCCCGCCACCGCCCGAAUUGCAGGCAUCGGCCGGCCGCCUCCGAUGGCCGCUUCUCUGGGAACGAAUGGGCGGGGCACAUACCCUCCCUCUGCCCUCGUCAAACAUCAAGGGCGAAGAGGCGUGGGUGAAGGAUCAUUUCCUCCCUGGUGCUGAGGGCAGGCAGCACGUCAAGAAGCUCGGCGGGUUCUUGAGGGGUUUGGAGGAGGAGAGGGAGAUGGAAGAGAUGCGGGCUGCGAAGCGCGCAGAGAGGCGAUUGGAUGAUGUGGGCGAGGAGUUUGACGAGGAAAGUGAUGAAGAGGAAGAUGGCGGAGAGGGGAGGCAGGAGAAGGAGAGGGCGGCGGCGGCCAAGCCGAUCCAGGGCGAAGUGGGGGAGAAUCAGAAUGAGGUGGUCCAGGCAUUCGAGCGAAAGCUGCUCGAGAUGUUUGUCGAUGGUAUUGACACCGUCUCAUACGACGACGUCGACUUUACCGAGCCGGACACGGUCGACCCAAUAGCUGUUCGGGACGCCGAAGAUCAUUACUUUGACGAGGAGGAGCCAAGCGAGGAUGGGGCGCUCGGAGCUACAAGGACCGACGAACAGCGGCGGCGCGGCAUACUGGCCGCAGAUGGAGAUGAGACGCCACCUCAGAACGGUACGGGCGAGUACGAUUAUUGA